ACGUGGCAUCCUCAGCUCUCUCCUCCGCUCGCUUUCUCUUCCGGGUGCUCGUGCCGUUACAAACACAACUGGGUGUUAUUGUCCUCCCGCUUUCUGUCGCACAUGGACGAUGCUGCGACCGCAGGCCUGUCUUUCAUCCGACGUAAAUUCAGCUGAUGCGAAACAUGUCGGAGGAUGAUCCGCACCGUGUCCAUUUUCAUCCCGCCGCCUGAUUCAAUGAACGCUCCCGUUACAGCGUAGUUAUUCACCUGCCAGAGGCGACAGCGGCUAUUUGUGAACAGUAAACACAUCAGAGGUGGGUUCAUCUCUGCAAAUGCAUGCAAAUCACAAACUUUCAGACCAAGAUGCUUCAGGGCUCAAAUAUCUUUGGGCACGAGCGGCCCCUGGUCAUCAGGAUUUCAUUCACAACCUGUGUGGUGACGACUGUGUGUCUGCCACUGCUCGGACUAAUAACAUGUGUCUUCAUCUCCUCGGUUUUUCAUUAUGAGGACUCCACCGGCACACACUGCCAGGUCCCUAACUACCUGCCAUCCAUCAGUGCCUCAAUAAGCCUAAGCCCCGAGUGCCACAUAUGGCGCUUCUGCAUCGGACUGCACUCGGCCCCGAGGUUACUGGUGGCGUUUACCUACUUCAAAUUUUACAAGACGCGUUUCGCCUCCAAGUUCCCUGAGAGUUCACUCAGCUGCUUGAACCUGGCCUUCUCUCUUACGGAAAACCUCGGCCUCUUGCUCCUCACGUAUGUGUCGUCCAGUGAGACAUACUUUGUACAUAAGGAAGGCUUCGUCCUGUUCCUUGUCAGCUCCCUCGUCCACAUGCUGAUAACCUGCCGUUUGUGGAAGGCUAUUAAGAAGUAUUCUCUGAGUCCUGAGGAUGCCAAGUCUCACCUCUGGAAAGUGCGUUGUUUACUUCUCAACGUAUCCUUCUGUGCUUUUGCUGGAUUCUUUUAUUAUAAACACAACAUGUACUGUGAAUCAGGGAGUUAUACAUUUUUCGCCCUGUUUGAGUAUCUCGUGGUCUUCUCCAACAUGGCCUUCCACCUCACGGCGGUGUGGGACUUUAAGAGCCGAGAGGUCAUGGUCAUUUCGUCCUCUGAAGAUAAAACCUUCUGACUAGAAACACAAGGACUAAGUGCUAAGCACACAACCACUCAACUCCCUGAUGAUAACAGCCCCGAUCCCACUCCAGAGGAUGAGUGGAACGAAGGCCUCUUCCACAUAUUUCCGUGUUGACUGCUCUCGAGUCCUGAACAAGGUGCCGAUGUCAACAAGCAGAAACAGAUUUGCACAAAUGCUAUUUUUAGCCUCAGUGUCUCAUUCAUGGAAGCCUUCACCCACAUACAGCACAUUACGUAUUAUAAUUUGCAGGUUUCAACUUUUGUAUAAUGCACAACAUAUGUGUGGUCAUACUGUUUGUGUGCCAAAGUAAAGUGACAAGUGUUUUUCAA